AAGCCGUCUCGCCAGAGCCCGACAGUCCGCAUUGACCACUUUCGAACCCUUCAUAUUGCAUCUCUGUUGCUUCCUAGAAUUUCACAUUAACGCCAUCCGCCAUGUUGCUCAUCUCGCUGAUGAUCUUCACCAGGGGCGUCCGUACCGCAACGGGUCAGCAGGCGCCCACUUGGAACGCAAACGGAUGGGACGAGACUGUGGUCUCAAAUGGUGGGCGCGAUCUGAGCGUGAGUACUUCGGGAUUAUGGCAGAGAUCGAACUUUGCCCAAGAAGUGAUCUCAGCAAAUGGCCCUCUGACAGGGGUCACGUUCAAGUGCAAUUGCGAGCACAUCUCAAUUGCCAUAUCGAACGCCGAGCCCAGUGGAACGUCAAAUUGGAAUCUGGGCACGGCGUUCGUGUGCCGACCGAAUUGCAGGGCUGACAUCUACGACUACUCAGUAGGUACACCCCAAAUAAGCAAAUCUGUAUAUUAUACUCCACUCAGUAGCGUGAUUGAGCUGCGACUUGGUGCGAACAACUAUGUAGAGGUUCUGGUGGAUGGAAUUUCUGUAUUCACAAGUGCUUUCGCCACACACCCAACUGCCCGUUUGGCUAUCUCUUGGUAUUAUCCCGAUGCCCAUGUGCAGGACAUAUCAUACAUCGGUGAGACAACUACCGCUUCUGCAGCUGGUGACCCCCACUUGCAAAAUGUCCAUGGUGAACGGUUCGACUUGAUGAAGCCGGGUAAGCAUGUCAUGGUAAACAUUCCUCGCUGGGAGCGCGCUGAGAACUCAUUGCUUCGCGUGGAGGCCGAGGCUCGCAAAUUGGGUGGGCACUGCAGUGACAUGUAUUUCACUGAAUUGAACAUCACAGGAUCUUGGGCAUAUGAGAAGCGAGUUGGAGGAUACCACUUCCGAUCGCAACGUGCCGCCCACGAACCUGAGAAAUGGUUCGCUCUGGGUAAGGUCGAGUUGAAAGUCGUUCAUGGGCGAACUGGAAGUCAGACCCAGUACUUGAAUUUCUACGUGAAACACCUGGGGCGAGCAGGGUUUGCCGUGGGAGGCCUCCUCGGGGAAGACGACCACGAAGCCGUGAGCACGCCUCCGGCGGCCUGUGCGAAACGCAUGAGCUUGUCGAUUUUGCGCGCGCGCGGCCGUGGCUCCGCUGCGGCUUCGGGCGCAGUGGCGACCUUCUUUUGACUGCUCAGAUUGGAGUGCAUGCACACCCGUGAGGAUGGAGUGCGAGGAGGAGGAGGAGGAGGAGGAGGCACAAUGCGCCGCCAGGAUGUCAGGGAGCCCGCAGCCCGCGGGCGCCCGAGUCGCCCGUCAGCGCCACUCUCGUGACUGGCCGCCCGCCGCCCGGCUGGCCGCCUCGGGGCCCCGUCUUUGCCCGACGCGGCCUCCCUUCUGUUCUGAACUUGCGCAGCAGGUCAACCCAGCGCAUGCUGAGUGCACAGGUGUGCGACGUGGGCAAGCUGUGCCCCCUCGGUCCUGCCCGCUUGCUCGCAGAGGAACAAAUCCCC